GGCAAACAGCGCCAGAAUUGAACAACAAAAGCAUAUCAGAAUCAGAAGCCACUAUUCUCGGUCUCUCCUCGAUUUUCGCUGUUUGCUCCCUGUGAUCGCUGUGAACUUGGCGUGAUAAGGGGCUCCGGCUCCUCCUGCAAUCGAGAAAGCCCGCUGUUUGCGCCACCCGGCGAACACCAAUCAGUCGAUGGGAGUGCUCCGCUGCAAUAGCAAUUAGCCACUAACCUUCUGCCAGCUCUUCAGGUGCCAUUCCCCUUCCUCCAGCUCCUCAGGUGCCCCGCGCAAACAGAGUUAUCUGGAGUGCCGCCCGCUGGAGAAUAUAAAUUCCCUGGGUGCCCAAAGGCCAGGAUUCAGUCGGUGCCACUAGCUCGCCAUGUACGGAACGUGGGGCGUCUUUCUGGGCGGGAUUCUCCUGCUGCAGGUUCUGCAAUUAUCCAUGGGCCUCGAUAAUGGCCUGGCACUAAAGCCACCUAUGGGCUGGAUGUCCUGGGAACGCUUCCGUUGCAUUACCGACUGUAAACUGUAUCCGGAUGAGUGCAUCAGUGAAAAACUAUUCCGAAGACAUGCGGAUCUCCUUGUUUCUGAAGGAUAUGCGGAUGCUGGCUACGAGUACGUCAUCAUAGAUGACUGCUGGCUGGAGAAGAAUCGCGACAACGAUACCCAGAAGCUGGUUCCGGACAGAAAGCGCUUUCCCAACGGCCUAAAUGCUUUAUCCGAUCAUAUCCACUACCAGGGUCUGAAGUUUGGCUUGUACCAGGAUUACGGCACCAACACCUGCGCUGGCUAUCCCGGAGUGAUCAAGCACAUGAAGCUGGACGCACAGACCUUUGCGGAUUGGGACGUGGACUACGUGAAGCUGGACGGCUGCUAUGCCAAUAUCAGCGACAUGGCUACGGGAUAUCCGGAGUUCGGACGCCUGCUCAAUGAAACUGGUCGUCCGAUGGUGUACUCCUGCAGUUGGCCCGCUUAUCAGGAGGAUGCAGGAGAAAUGCCCGACUAUGAGUCACUCAAGCAGCACUGUAAUCUGUGGCGCAACUGGGACGACAUCGAAGACUCGCUCGAGUCCCUCAUGCAGAUCAUAGACUACUUUGCCAAGAAUCAGGACAGGAUUCAGCCGCAUGGCGGACCAGGACACUGGAACGAUCCCGAUAUGCUGCUGCUGGGAAACUACGGCUUGAGUUACGAUCAAAGCAAGCUGCAGAUGGCCAUUUGGGCCAUUAUGGCGGCACCUCUAAUUAUGUCCAAUGAUCUGGCUGCAGUGCGUCCCGAAAUCAAGGCUAUACUGCAGAAUCGUGCGGUUAUUGCUGUGGACCAGGAUGAGCUGGGCAUCCAGGGCCGUCGUGUUUUGUCCCGCAACCAAAUCGAAGUCUGGAAACGUCCCAUUACGCCAGUAACCAAGAGUGGACAUCACUCCUAUGCCGUCGCCUUCGUCAGUCGCCGAGAUGAUGGCGCUCCCUACAGGAUCCCCUUCACGGUCAAGGAGUUCGGACUGACGAAUCCAAAUGGUUAUAAUGUGCAGGAUCUAUACGAUGUCAGCAACAAGUUGGGCAUCUUCCAGUCGGAGAGUCAGUUCAUCACACGCGUCAAUCCCAAUGGCGUAACUUUCUACAAGUUUACAGCGUUGUAAGCCCAAGAUAUGCAAAUCAGCCGCUGCCAUCAAAUCGAAUAUGCUCUUAUAUACACACUAUUUCCACAUUGUCCAUCGACGUUGCAUCGGUGAUCUGUGUAAUAAGUUAAUUCCGACAAUAAAUAACAGGUAAUCACAGAAGA